AUGGACUGUAGUUCUGAUGGUCGUCUUGCCUUUGGUUCUUCUUUUUCUUCUUCUUCUGUUGUUUUGUGUCCCUUUAAAGAAAGAGGAGAGGAGACAGAAGGAGGAGGAGACACAGAAGGAGCAGCAGCAGCAGCAACUGGUCAUGCUGCUGCACUUGCUGCACAAGUGCAACAACUUGAUGGACUCAUACGCCAGCAACGUUGGGCAGAUAUAUGCGAACUACAGCUGCAGCAGCUGCAGCAGCAGCAGCAGCAGCAGCAGCAGCAGCAGCAGCAGCAGAAUGAGAGGGACGAGACGGAAGUCUGGUCUGCACUGCUUAGUAUCUUACACGGGCGUACACCCACACUAGGCGGCAGCAGCAGAGAAGAACUGCUGCAGCAGCUCGAGGCAUUCUUAGGUCGCCCGUUGCCUUCGGUGUUGGAGCAGCAGCGGCAGCAGCAGAUGUUAAUGCAGCAGCAGCAGGAGCAGCAGCAGCAACAGCAGAUGCAGCAGCAGAUGCAGCAGCAGGCCAUGUACAACUACAAUAUGCAGCAGCAGCAGCAGCAGCAGCAAAGAUACAUGGACGGAAUGGGGGCUUACCCCAACUACCCAAUGACAAAUGGCACAUCUGCGCCGCAGCAGCAGCAGCUGCAGCAGGAGCAGCAGCAAGCACCUGCCUUAUCUGCAGUUGACCCCGAGAAAUUCUUCUCCCAGCUCGGGGGAGCCGAAGAAAGAGAGGUAUCUAAGGAGCAGCAGCAGCAGCAACAGCAGCAAUUGGAGCAGCAGGAGCAGCUGGAUGAAGAGGGGCAGAAGCAGGCGUGGGCAGAGGCUGCACAGCAGCAGCAGCAACAGGAGCAGCAGCAGGAGCAGCAGCAAAAGGAGCAGGCCCGUAGAAGCAAGAAGGGAUCCUCUCAGCUUGGUGAUAUUGACUGGAAGGGGGCAGUAGAGUUGCUCAAGGAGGCGGGCAGCCUAAGCGAUGCGCUGCUGCUGGCAGGUGCAGCAGCAGCAGCAGCACCCGCGUCACCUCAGACGCAGCAGCAGCAGCAGCAGCAGCAAGGAAGCGGUGGCUGUCUUGCAGAAGCAGCAGAAGGACAAGGACCGGCCAUCUGGCGUGCUGCUGCUGAGGUGUAUGUACACAACAUGAAGGAUGAAUUCUUCAAGCUGCAGCAAGGGACAUCUGCACGCCGCCUCAGCAGCAGCAGCACCAGCAGCAGCAGCAGCUACUUUUCUCAGCAGCUACUUAAUACCAUACAAAAGAUGCUCGUAUUCAGAGCAGCAGCAGACUACCAGGCUCGGUGCCCUGCCUUCGAGAGGGUGGCACUUGCAUACGCGGACGAGGCGAACAAUCUGUCAUGCGGAUCAUGCGCGAUGUUGGUGCUGCGACUAUACUUGAACGUUGGUAGCAGCAGCAGCGCAGCAGCAGCUGCAGCAGCAGCAGCAGCAGAGGGGGUGCAGCAGCAGCUAGAGGCGUCGCUGCAGGCAGCUGCCUUCGAGCUAGCUAUGCGGCUGUACUACAACAACCCCACCGCUAUGCAGCGAGCAGGCUUCACCCCUCCGCAGAUGCCUGCUAAGGCUGCGGUGCAGCAGCAGCAGCAGCAGCGGCAGCAGCAGCAGCAGCAGCAACGGCAGCCAGUGAGGCCGAUGAUGCCAAGCCAGCAGCCAAUGCAGCAACAGCAGCAACCUGGCUUCCAACCGCAGCAGCAGCAGAGGUUCCCUCCGGCGUUCCCUCCCCAACAGCAGCAGCAGCCUCCACAGCUGCAGCAGCAGCAGCAAAGACAGCAGCCGCAGCAGCAACAAUUCGGUGGAGUCCAGCCACCUCGGCAGCUGUCAGUUACAGGGGCCCCCAUGCCCCCUAGUGUUGGUCCUCCCCUCCAGGGGGGCCCCCCUCCCCCAAAGACAGGCCCCCAGGGGCCCCUCUCAAAUGGUCCACCGCCGCUGCAGCAACAGCAACAGCAGCAGCAACUGCAGCAGCAGCAGCGGAGCGCAUUCCCUCAGAAUUCUGCUGCUGCUACUGAUGGGCCAUCAGCAGGUUUAAUGAAUUCUGUGUCUCCCUUCAUGCGCCCUGGUGGUGCUCCUCCCCCUCCCCCUGCUGCUGCUGCUGCUGCAGGACCUGCAGCAGCAGGAGGCAGCAGCAGUGGCAGCGUGUUGCGUCCUGCUGCUUCUCCUCCUCUUGGACCUUAUGGGGGCCUCCAGUCAGCAGCAAACCCUCCUGCUGCUGCCAGUACCUUCUCCAAUGCAGGGGGCCCCCCUAUGCCUCCAACAACCAAUACCUUGGGUGGAGCACCAGGAUCGGGGGCCCCCCAUCCAGGUCCUACCCCUCCUGUCCCCCCGUCUGCAGGGGGCCCCCCAGGUGCCCUACCCCCAGCUGGGGGCCCCCCUACAGGGGGCCCCCCAGGGGUCAACCCUCUAGGGGAGGGACCAAUUAGUCCCCCUCCUUAUAGUGCCCCUACUGUUGGGGCCCAACCAGUAAAGAGAGGAAUGCCUGUACCUUGGCCUAUACCUACUGCAGCACAAUUAGCAUUUGUUGAGGGCGUAUUGAAUAAUUUAGUGCAGCAGCAGCAGGGCCCAACAGCACAAGAUCUAUCAACAAAAGUAAAUGAUCUUAUUGUUAAGCUGCAGCUGCAGCAGCGUCAACAGCAACAACUGCAGCAACAGCUGCAGCAGCAGCAGCAGCAGCAGCUCUGUCGCCUUAUAGACCAGCAGCAGCAACAACGGCAACAGCAGCAGCAGCAACAACAGCAGCAGCAGCAGCAACAAUUAACAGUUGGUUGGAGUUGUUAUCGUUUAGAUUUCAGCUUUAUUAUCCUUAAGCUUACUCGACCCUCGCAGCAGCAGCAACAGCAGCAGCAACAGCAGCAGCAACAGCAGCAGCAACAGCAGCUGCAACAGGAACACGAUUAG